GAAUUUUAUCAAAGGUUGGAGUGGAGUGGUGUACUUUGCUUUGAGAGCCUUUUUGGGUUGUUGCCAACCAGAACAUACUACCAGAUCAUCAUCCUUUUCCCUUUCUAGCUAGUACCCAUCUUCUACCAUACUAUACAAAUACACCUUUCUUUUCAUUCAAAACCUGUUGAGUAGUGGAUCUCUGUAUAGUAGCAAGAAGAUCAUCAUUCUCACCUCCGAUCCUUUUUUAUGUUUUUUCUUUGAUUCAAUCAUACCCAUCAUCCAUGGCUACUGAUGAAUCUACAGUUCCUUCUGUUCAUCCCUCUGAGCAGGCAGAGAAGGAAGUUAAAACAAUGGAACAAGACAACGUCGCUGCGCCUCAUCAACUUAAGGAAAGCGGGGAGGAGGCGGUGAAAGGCGAGGAAGUAGAGAAAAAUGGUGAAGCUCCUCCUCCUCCUCCAACUAGUGAGGUGGUGGUGGAAGAUGAGAAGAAGGCGGGGGAGGAAGAGGUGAAACCCGAGGGUGAGGGCGAGGAAGAGAAUCCAAAAGGUGAGGUAAUUGAAGUGGAGAAGAGUAGUGGCAUUGAGGAAGAGAAGAAGCCGCCUAAAGGUGAGGUAAUUGAAGUGGAGAAGAGUGGCAUUGAGGACGAGAAGCCUAAAGGUGAGGAAUUGCCUUGUGUCGUCGAACAAGUGGAAAAAGCCGAGGAUGGUGAAGGGAAGCCUCAAGGUGAGGAUUUAGCUGCUGUAGUUGAAGAGGGCGGGGAAGCGAAGCCGCCUAAGGGCGAGGAAUUACCCAUUAUGGAGGAGGUGAAAACAACUAAUGUUGAUGAUGAAGAGAAGCCUAAAGUUGAGGACUUGGGAAAAGGCAAUGAGGAAGAGAAGCCCAAAGUUGAGGACUUGGGAAAAGGCAAUGAGGAAGAGAAGCCCAAAGUUGAGGACUUGGGAAAAGGCAAUGAUGAAGAGAAGCCCAAAGUUGAGGACUUGGGAAAAGGCAAUGAGGAAGAGAAGCCUAGUUGUGAUGAAUUGCCUGUAAUUUUAGAGGCAAUAAAAGUUGAAGAUAAGGGUGAGGAGUUGGCUGCCAUUGAAGAAGAGGCGAAAAAGCCCGACGAGGAAGCCAAACCUAAAGGUGAGGGGGAGUUAGCCAUAACUGAAGAGGUGAAAACAGGUGAUGAUGUUGAAGAAAAGCCUAAAGUUGAGGAUUUAGGUGCCAUUGAAGAGGUGGAAAAGGGCAUUGUGGAAGAGAAGCCUAUUUGUGAUGAAUUGCCUGUAAUUGCAAAAACAGUUGAAGAGGAAGAGGAAGAGAAGCCUAAAGAAGAACAGCAAAUUAGUCUUCAAGUCCCUUCAAUUGAACCAGAAGAAAAGAUUGAAGACCAGAUUCCAGCUUCUACUGAAGAGGCUGCUAAGGAGCCUGAUCAAACCACUCCUGAAAUACCAAUCGACCACGAGGCCAAACCCGUGGCAGCUGAAGAAGAUGUCGAAAAGCCACUAGACGAAUCGAUAAAGGAUGCUGACCAAGUAGUGGGGCAACCAAAAACAGUCGAGGUUCCGGUUCCUGAACCAAAAACAGUCCAAGAAACGAAAGGGCAGGAAGAAAAACUGCCAGCUAAAGAACAAGAUUCGGAAGCUCCAGAACCCGCUGUUGUUGUGAAAGAGGAAACUGCAGUAACCGAAAAACCCCUGGAGCAGGUUACCACUCCCCAGAAGGCAGAGGUUUUCGCUGACAAAAUUGAAGACGUCGAAGAACCUCAACUAGUACUACCUCAGCUUGCUCAAUGCUUAGAGCAAGAGACACAAACCGAGACAAAACAACACCAACUUACUGCACCAAAAACUGAUCAAGAAGUCGAGAAAGUGCAGGAAGCUAAGGAGACUGCAGAAGUAGAAGAAAAACAAGAGAAAAUUGAUCAGGACGAGGAAGAAAAAACUAUCGAACCAUCUGAAAAUCCUCCUCCAGAGGAAGCUGCUCAAGUCAAGACUGUUUCUCGAGACACUGAAAAUAAAGAAGCCGAGGCAACAGAAGUGGAGAAGAAGGUAGAUGCAGCCACAGCAAUUGAAGACGCCCAAAAGCCACAGACACAAGUGAAAGAAGAGGUGGCUCGGGCUCCUGAAGCUGCAAAACACGACGAAUCCAAAGAUGGCAAUGACAAGAAAGACGAUAACGUUGUUCUUGUGAAGGCAAAGCAAUCAAACAUCAUGUCAAAGGUUAAGCAAACGCUCGUCAAAGCAAAGAAAGCAAUCAUUGGGAAAUCCCCCAGUCCAAAAACCGAAACAAAAUAAGAAGCAGAAAGAGGUAACAAUGGCUAUAUAUAUAUAUAUAAUGAUCAGAAAUCGCAAGUAGUAACAUACUUGUCAAGUGUGCUCUUUUAUUCUCAUUUUAUUUAUUUAUUUUUUGCCAAAUUUGUGCUGUUGGUUUGUUGCAUGAUCAGUGGUUGUUGUCCUAGGUAUAGUACUACAGGAAUGUUUUUCUUGAUACAUUUGCAAACUAGAAGGGUGGGUUGAUUUUCUCUGCUUUCUUUCUUUUCGUUUUGCCUCUAUUCAUUUGGUUUGUGUGUUGAUGAUGCAAGAACAUAUUGGAUUAAUUUGUUGAGGAUAUGAUGUACAUAAAGUUUGAUUAAAUUUGUGAUUUGUGAAUAUUGUUAUAGUUCCAAUAUAUGAUAAUGAAUAUUCAUCUGUUGCAUGGAAAA